AUGGAGCAUAGAAAGCUGGAAGCUGAACAGGAGCUGCUGGCACGAGUCCGGGGUGCACUGGGCUCUGUGUGCCAUGGGUACAGUGUGGCCCUGCUACUCCAGGGCUGGGAAACCAAGGCACCUCGGCUUGUGCCACAGCUGCUGCACGUUCUGUUUGAGAAAGCUCUGCCCCUCAGGGACUCUAACCAAGUGCUCAGUACUCUUUGCCUGGUACAGCUUAGCUCCAGUGGGAGGGCUCGAGACCUGCUCUCUCCAGGGGCAGAGAACUUGUCGGUGCUGGAAGUGCCUCCUCUGGGCUUGAUAGUGGAAGAUGCCAGUGAAGUGGAGGUGUCUGACCCAAGAGCUGCCUCAGAGCUCUAUCUGCAGGUCGCAGAGAGUGAGGGCAGAGACUGCCCCCUGCUGCAGGUGCUGGCUGGUGUGGCUGUUGAUGAGGACAUAGAGGGCUCUCUGCCCUGGAUCGUUUCACGGCUCCUGGAAGGAAACAACUAUUGUGGCCUACUGCUUCGCCUGGACCCCCAAGGAAUUUCCCCGAGCUUGCUCCAGGCUGCUCUGUUGGGGGCCUCAAGAAGGAGGAUGGAGGUAAAAGAGGUGAGGCCCACCCUGUGGGAUGCAGUAGAGGAGGCCCGGACCCGCCGGGCUAGCCUGAAGACCCUGCGUUCAGUCCUCCUUGGGGACACCCUGACGGAUGAUGGGGUCAGUCAGCUAGGCCGGGCACUACGUGAGCUUCAGGUAGUAAAAGCCUGGAGCCAGCACCCAGGAAGCCAGAUGUUCAAAGAGGCUAAAGUUGAGGCAGUGGGGCUCCCAGAAUCACAGGCUCCAGAUGUGGCCCUGCAGUUCUUCCUGGCCCACGCCAGGAGGCAGAAACUACGAGAGCAGCACCAAACUCGGAUCAGAGAAGAGCUAAAGCACCUGAAGCAGGAGGAGGAAGAUGUGGCAGGUGACCAGGUCAAAGCCCUAGUGGCCAGAAAGGUGAGGAGGGAUCAAGAGAGAUGGCGCCAGGAGCAGACUGUGCUGAGACUCCAGCUAGAGGGCCUUCAGGCAGAGCGGGAUGCUGCAGAACAAGACCUGGCAACCCUCUAUGAGUUGCAUGUGCAGGCCGCCCGAGCUCGGACACGUCACGUGCUACAGGUGUUCCGGACCUGGCGGAGGUUGUGGGAGGAGGCGGCUAUGACUGCAGAACAUCACCACCGCAGCCUAUUGGCUAGUGUCCUACAAGAUAGCAUCAGCCUGGCCACACAGAACCAGGAGCUCCAAGUCCAGAACCAGCAGCUCCACCAGGGUGCAGAGAGGAGCAGUCCCAGUGGAGUGAUGUGCAGGGGCAUGGGGCCAGGAGCAGCUGCUGGAGGGGAUCCAGGAAGGGUGUUCCGGGGGUCCUGGAGGCCACCAGCUGCAUAG